AUGGAGUACGGGUGGGGCCUCUCCUUCAGAAGGCCAACCUGGACCCCCACCCAUAUAGUCCAAAAAACAUGGGGCGGUCGGGUAAGACCCUGCGAUCCCUGGCUUGGUAUUCGAGGCCCUUUGCGUGCCCAUUACUGCAACUGUUACAGUGGAUCCCUCGCACGAAUUUCCCGAAGCUGCUGCGAGAGUCGGUCAUGCGGCUCCCGCCCCCCACAGCCAAGGACACCACUCAUAGCCUGGCUAUGUAUCUCUGCGGUCUUUGUAAUUUGGCUCGUCUUCGUGGCGGUGGCUUUUUGCGCUCGCAAGUAUCACCCUGAUCCAACAUGGUUCACGUUUUUCAGCAUCCUCGCGGCCAUCUGCGCCGUUUGGGGCAUCCUUGCAGGGUUGUCCAACUUGCGAGAGUAUGAGGAUCCAUACUACACGCUUCAAGAGAUGCGUGACGCCAAAGGCCCAAACGGCACCGGAGUGAACCCGUCGCUCGUGUCUGGCGAAGAUGUCAUGGAUGCAGGCGUUCUGACCUUCCAGCAGGGCAGCAUGUUCGAUGCGGACAGGACAUGGCACUUCAUGGGUUCGCAAUCGCUUGGCCAGCCUGGCUUCACCGUCGUCACAAUGGUGGAAAUGCAGCCAGGCAUUUGCAAGAUGGAGUUCGCGAUGGGCUCUCAUGGACUCACGUGGAAGACGGGCAGCACAGAGGUGGAGCGCGUCUCAUGCCAAGCACGGCUUCUCGGAGUGAAGCCUGGAUGGAGCAUCAGCAUGAUCGAUGGGGUGCCAAUUGAAACCAGCUACCAAGCAUGGAAUGAGCUCAUGCGAUGCAAGAAGUCUGGCAAGAAGUACCAGAUCUACUUCACAAAAGAUGAGAACUCCAUCCGUGAAGAUCAGGCAAAGGCGGAAGCCGAGAAGGCCCGCAAGGCCAAACAGGAGGAGGAGCGCAAGAAGCGUGAAGAGAUUGAGAAGAAGAUUCGCGAGGAGGCCGAGAAGAAGCGCGCCGAUGAGAUUGCGUCCAAGAAGCAGGAGUACUGGGACAAGCAGCAGGCCCAGCAGGAAGAAGGAAAAGAGGAGGAGGGCGGGCCGGCUCCGGGAGCCGAGGAAGCGGCCGGCUCCGGGUCCCCGGCGGAAGCGGAGGGAGAAGGAAAAGCCGAAGCCACGGAAGCGGUGGAAGAGCAAAGAGCAGAAGCCGGCGAAGAAGCGGCCCCUGCAGAGCCACCGAAGGAGGUUUAG